GGUCGCCAUGGGCCCGUUUGCAGGAGGCCGCCUUUUCUUGGGAACAGUAAGCUGCACAUUCUUUCUGGCUGUCAACAGCUUGUAUUCCUCCAGUGACGACGUUAUAGAGCUGACACCAACAAAUUUCAACAGGGAAGUUAUUCAGAGUGACAGCUUGUGGCUAGUAGAAUUCUAUGCACCGUGGUGUGGUCACUGCCAAAGACUGACGCCCGAGUGGAAAAAAGCUGCAACAGCAUUAAAAGGUGUUGUGAAAGUAGGGGCCGUCGACGCAGAUAAGCAUCAGUCCUUAGGUGGUCAGUAUGGUGUGAAGGGAUUCCCCACAAUCAAGAUAUUUGGCGCCAACAAGAACAAAGCAGAAGAUUACCAAGGGGGCAGGACAAGUGAAGCUAUUGUUGAUGGUGCUCUAAGUGCCCUUCGGAUACUGGUGAAAGAUCGCCUUAGCGGCAGAGGAGGUGGAUAUAGUUCUGGGAAGCAGAGCGGCCAAGAUAGUGGAGGCUCAGGCAAAAAAGAUGUGAUUGAUCUGACAGAUGACACCUUUGAUCAGAACGUUUUGAACAGUGAUGAUGUCUGGCUGGUAGAGUUUUAUGCUCCUUGGUGCGGACAUUGCAAAAAUCUAGAGCCAGAGUGGGCAUCAGCUGCAACAGAAGUGAAAGAACAAACCAAGGGGAAAGUGAAACUGGCUGCAGUCGACGCUACAGUGAACCAGGUGUUAGCAAGCCGGUAUGGGAUCCGUGGAUUUCCUACCAUCAAGAUCUUCCAGAAAGGAGAAGACCCUGUUGAUUAUGAUGGUGGACGGACCAGAACAGAUAUUGUUGCUCGGGCUCUGGACCUGUUUUCGGAGAAUGCACCACCUCCUGAACUCCUAGAGGUUAUUAAUGAGGAUGUCUUGAAGCAAACAUGUGAUGCUCACCAACUCUGUAUCAUUUCUGUCCUGCCUCAUAUUCUCGAUACAGGAGCUGCAGGUAGAAACUCCUACUUGGAAGUGAUGUUAAAGAUGGCAGACAAAUACAAAAAGAAGAUGUGGGGGUGGUUGUGGACUGAAGCAGGAGCACAGUCUGAUCUUGAAAAUUCCUUGGGAAUUGGAGGAUUUGGCUACCCAGCCAUGGCAGCGGUUAAUGCUCGGAAAAUGAAAUUCGCACUCCUGAAGGGCUCAUUCAGUGAGCAAGGGAUUAAUGAAUUUCUAAGGGAGCUGUCUGUCGGCCGGGGGUCCACGGCACCAGUAGUUGCGGGGGCUUUCACAAAGAUUAACACCAUAGAACCAUGGGAUGGCAAAGAUGGUGAACUACCCGCUGAAGAGGAUAUUGAUCUCAGCGAUGUGGACCUCGAUGACUGGGAUAAGGACGAAUUGUGAGGCCGAAGACAUUUAGUUUCUUGAGAUACUUUGAGCCGUGGU